AAUGUGCGCCCGUAAGAAAUUGUUUCCCAGAGAGCGCCAGCAGGUAGCCGGAGGAGACCAUGGUUCCUCGGCGUCUCCUGUUGGUCGGGGAGGGGAAUUUCUCCUUCGCCGCUUCGCUGAUCGAAGGCCUGGAUCCCAGCGUCAGUGUUACUGCUACCGGCUUCCAGCACCGGGCGGACCUGGAGGGAGAUCCGGUAGCGCUAGAGAACCUACAGCGCCUGCGCGAACAAGGUAUCGAAGUGCGUUUUGGUGUGGAUUGCACCCAGCUGGCACACACCUUGCAACCAGACGACAGGGAUUUUGAUCGAAUUUAUUUCAACUUCCCUCACUGUGGACGAAAAGCUGGAGUAGCUAAGAACAGGGAACUGCUUGCCAAGUUUUUCGAGAGCUGUGCUGAUGUUCUUGCAAAGGAAGGAGAAGUCCAUGUAGCACUGUGUAGAGGACAAGGUGGAACUCCUGCUGACAAGCCCCAGAGAGAGUGGCACAACAGUUGGCAAGUAGUUGCCAUGGCAGCUCUGGGUGGGUUCAUUUUAAGUGAUGUGUGUCCCUUUAGCUGUGAGGCUGUGCCAGGAUACAAGUGCACUGGGUAUAGGAGUCAGGAUAGGCCCUUUCAUAUAGAAGGUGCUUUGACCUAUAUCUUCACCCAGAGCUUACCCUUUGAAAGCUCUCAGCCCAGAACUUUCAGAGUCAGCCUGGAGGACCGGUGGUUUUCCUUUACAGAACCAGAAGCACUUCCAGGAAAGCUGAACAGGCGGUUCCUUGAAGCACCUUCCUGUCAUCCUGUCAGAACCGUCAAUGAGAAACUCAUUGCCGAUUUGGGCAAAACUUUUCCCUUAAAAAAGCUGAAGUGUCCCCUCCCUUUGUUGUCAUGGGGAGGCCCCAGUGUCCUCCCUCCAGUGAACUGUGACCUUCUGCCUACCUUUUGGAUUCAUCUACAUGAAGAUAAUUCAUGUUCUGAGUUCCUGAAUGGUGAAAUAAUACAAGAAAUGGAAGAAAUUCCUGUGUCAGUUUCAGAAUGUACCCUUCCUGAGAGUCCUGCAGGAGAUGGCUGCAAAGCUGCUCAGGAAGGGAUCUGUGAACAACAGGUCAAGCUCGGUCUCAGGCCUUCUCUUCUUGUCCAUGCUGAAGCUGUCAUCCAUUCUCCAGAAUUCCUCCCAGGCUCUCUGCAUGUCCUCAGUGGACCUGUCUUUCGGAAGUGCCGCAUUUUACCUUUUAUGAUGCCAGCAUUUCAUGAGACUUUAUUCAUUCUUGGAUUUGAUAAAAAUAUGAAGGAGGGUUGCCUUUGGCCGCUGCUGGAUCGCCUGAAGGCUACUCUAGGUAACCUUCUGCCUCCGACAUUGCAGGAGGGCUCCAGUUUGAGCACUUCAGUGGAGUUUGUCCUUCAACCAAAUGGAAAGGAUUAUAUAAUUCAUGUGAAGUCUCUUAAUUUUGGCCAAGAUUGCACUAAGAAUCUGAUUAUUGGAUCUAUUGUUACACCUAAGAUUGUUAAACAUAAACAUCAGUGUUUUGUGUUUGUUUCCAUAAACUUGGACUUAUUAGCUAUGCUUGCCUAUGAUAUUUCCGACUGGAGAAUAUUGUGGACUUUUGAUAACCGUUUCCUGAAAAGAUUUGUCCCCGGGAAAAUAGAACACUUUAAAAGCUAUUCUCUGUAUCCGCCACACUAUGUGCAUGAUGUUAGUUUCUGGUUAGAUGAAAAGAAAGCAUUUGAUGAACUGGAGUUUCACACUGUGGCCCGAGCACUGUCCCAGGACACUAUUGUUUCUGUACAGUGCCUUGAUCGUUUUCAGCAUCCAGAGACUCGACAGGUCAGUCUCUGCUAUCGAUUGACCUAUCAGACUUGUGAUAAGGCGCUCACCCCACAGCUAGCAGCAGCAAUGCAGUCCCAGUUCAGAAAAGAGAUUCAAAGACAGCUCCAUGUUUUACCUAGGUCUGGAAAUAAAGCAGGGCAAGUCUGGGCCCCUGAAGGAUCCACUGCCUUCAAGUGUCUGCUCUCAGCGAGGUUGUGCGCAGCCCUUCUGAGCAACAUCUCGGACUGUGAUGAAACAUUCAACUACUGGGAACCAACACACUACCUCAUCUACGGAAAGGGCUUUCAGACGUGGGAAUAUUCCCCGGUGUAUGCCAUCCGCUCGUAUGCUUACCUGAUGCUGCAUGCCUGGCCAGCUGCAUUUCACGCACGGAUUCUGCAAACUAACAAGAUUCUUGUAUUCUACUUUUUGAGAUGUCUCCUGGCUUUUGUGAGCUGUGUUUGUGAACUUUACUUUUAUAAGGCUGUGUGCAAGAAGUUUGGGCUGCAUGUGAGUCGAAUGAUGCUGGCCUUCCUGGUGCUCAGCACGGGCAUGUUCUGCUCAUCAUCUGCAUUCCUUCCUAGCAGCUUCUGCAUGUAUACCACACUGAUCGCUAUGACCGGAUGGUAUAUGGACAAGACACCUGUUGCUGUACUGGGAGUAGCAGCCGGUGCUAUCUUAGGGUGGCCGUUUAGUGCAGCUCUUGGUUUACCCAUUGCGUUUGACUCGCUGGCCAUGAAGCACAGGUGGAAGAGCUUCUUCGGCUGGUCCCUGGUGGCCCUGAUUCUCUUCCUGGUGCCCGUGGUGGUCAUUGACAGCUACUAUUAUGGGAAGUUGGUGAUUGCCCCUCUCAACAUUGUUUUGUAUAAUGUCUUUACUUCUCAUGGACCUGAUCUUUACGGUACAGAACCAUGGUAUUUCUAUUUAAUCAAUGGAUUUCUGAAUUUCAAUGUUGCCUUUGCUUUGGCUCUUCUGGUUUUGCCACUGACUUUUCUUAUGGAGUACCUGCUACAGAGAUUCCAUGUUCAGAAUUUAGGACACCCAUAUUGGCUGACCUUGGCUCCAAUGUAUAUUUGGUUUAUAAUUUUCUUCAUGCAGCCUCACAAAGAGGAGCGUUUUCUCUUCCCAGUUUACCCACUCAUAUGUCUCUGUGGCGCUGUCGCUCUUUCUGCACUGCAGAAAUGUUACCACUUUGUGUUUCAACGAUACCGCCUGGAGCAUUACACUGUGACGUCUAGCUGGCUGGCACUGGGAACUGUUUUCCUGUUUGGGCUCUUGUCGUUCUCCCGCUCUGUGGCUCUGUUCAGAGGAUACCACGGGCCUCUUGAUUUAUAUCCAGAAUUUUACAGAAUUGCCACAGAUCCAACCAUCCACACUAUCCCAGAAGGCAGGCCUGUGAAUGUCUGUGUGGGGAAAGAAUGGUAUCGAUUUCCCAGUAGCUUCCUUCUGCCUGACAAUUGGCAGCUUCAGUUCAUUCCAUCAGAGUUCAGAGGUCAGCUACCAAAGCCUUUCACAGAGGGACCACUGGCCACUAGGAUUGUUCCCACUCACAUGAAUGACCAGAACCGAGAGGAGCCUUCCAGAUACAUUGACAUCAGCAAAUGCCAUUACCUAGUGGAUUUGGAUACCAUGAGAGAAACACCUCGGGAGCCAAACUACUCAUCCAACAGAGAAGAAUGGGUCAGCCUGGCCCACAGACCAUUCCUGGAUGCAUCUAGGUCUUCCAAGUUGCUUCGGGCAUUCUAUGUUCCCUUCCUGUCAGAUCAAUACACGGUAUAUGUGAACUACACCAUCCUGAAGCCUCGGAAAGCAAAGCAGAGCCGGAAGAAAAGUGGAGGUUAGCACACCCCUGUGGCUCCAGAGGACAGCCUGUGUUCACUAGAGGUUCCACUGAGCUGACUUCCUCCAAGGCAUCCUGGAACGCUGUAAUAAAGGUCGUCCGCCAAGAAUGCCAGAAUCCGGUGCUCUGAGCUCGUCAUGGUCUAUGUCAAAGUCUAAUCAAAGUCACUCACUUCCUGCUCCUGUGUCUGUUCUGCAUGUGAGCUUUCUGCAGAUAGGCAGAGUCCUAACUCCUGGAGAGGCACACUGCUCCACCUCUCCUUGUUCUCGGUAUAGUUAUUCACUAGAGCAGAGAAGAGCACAACAUGCUUGCAGAAACUGCUCAGAGUCCUUAACUUGGUGUGUACUAGCCUUCCCCACUCCUGGUUUGGCAUCUGAGAACUACCAAGCCUUCCUUAGGCUACAUGGUUUCUCUAUCAAAGCCGUUUGGCAUCUCCUAGCAGGCCUUGUUCAAAUCCUAGUGCUGAAAAGAAGCUCAGCCUAGUUGCCAACUGGAUAUGUCCUUUUACCGCCAGCAAGACUCAGCUUCUAAAGCGUUCCCAGGACUAACACCUGUCCCAAAGCUCAGGAAAAGGUGACCACUGAAGAACUGUGACCUGAUCAUAUUAUUUAUGAUGCCUCUAAUUUUCCUUUUAUUUUCUUUAAAACUGGUCUUAAUUAUAUGGCUUUUUGGGAAGUGUUUUACAAUUUUUUGUAAUGUUUCAGCAUGCUUUAUUGAAUUCUAGACUCUGUACAAAGAUUAUAACUAGGGCAUCUUUGGAGAAAAAGGUGUAUCAAUAGAUUUGGGUGGUGACACAUUUUAAAGUAGUCUGAGGCCAUUUUGAGGAAAUUAAAAAUUCCUUUUUGUAAAACAA